AUGUACAACGAAAAUAAAAGUGUUAGCAUCCUAACACAUAUACUUGGCUUUACAAAUGAUAAUUCAAGGAAGUUAUGCUAUGGACUGGGUCUCUCACUAACUUUUUAUAUAUUAUUCCCAAGUAUUAAUGAUAUAUUUUGGAAAACUAUAAAAAAUAAAGGAGAAAAUAAACCAAAUAGAAGAUUGGAUAGAACUACAUCAGGGUUAAUAAAUAAUGCCAAUGACUGCUAUGCAAACUCUUCUAUUCAAGCACUUGUGUCGCUCGAUACCCUAACGGAAUACUUAAAUUCUAUUUUGAAGGAUGUGACAGACGGUUCUAAAGAUUUAGAACUUAUUAGAACCAAAUAUCCCUUACAUCUUACUCUAGCUGAACUAAUUUCGAAAUUAGAAACUCCAACAUUGAAUACUCAAUCUUUCUCUGUACAACCGAUCAAACAAACUUUAGAAUACAUAUUUAAGACCAGAAUAUCACGCGAACAACAUGAUGCCCAGGAGUUUACUCAAGUGAUCCUGGACUGUUUAAAGGAUGAAUAUAACAUGUCCAAUGUAUCUAACGAAACCAUCAAAUUUCCUUUACAAGGACAAACAGGGACGCAAUUAGUAUGUUUGAGAUGCCAUGAAACGUCCGAAUUAAAAUUACAAGACUUUUCGUUAUAUGAAGUUGUAGCCCCUCAAAAGUAUUCUACUACGUUAAAUGAUUUGUUUUCUCAGGAUCAAACAGAUGUUGUCAGUGAUUAUAAGUGUUUGUGCUGUAUGAUGAAAAUGAUCAUAACAAAUGAAAAUCACCUUGAGCUCAGGCGAAGGGAUGAUCAAUCAAUUGGUUAUACAUACAUCAAAGAGCAUUAUGGCUCUUUAUUUAUCAACAGUGACAUACCAGAAGAAAUAUGGAAUUAUAUCAAAAUGUACAACAAAAAUGGAUGUGUACCUUACUCGAGUGGAUCAGAUAUUUUCAAAAGAUCUGUUAUAGUAGAAUCACCCGAUAUCUUAGCGAUUCACAUAUCCAGAUCGAUGUUCAACGGGGUGAGUACAACGAGAAAUGCUUGUCGAGUUUCAUUCGAAGAAGAGUUUACUAUCCCUGAACAAUAUAUCAAAGAUAAUAAGUGUAUAUCCAUAAAGGAUGUCAAAUAUAAAUUGAAGUCUAUGGUUAAGCAUACUGGUACUCAUUACCAAGGUCAUUAUCAAUGUUAUAGACAUAAACCUACUUUUAAGAUGGACACUGAGCUCGAGAAAAUGGUAAAUUUGUCACCUACUGUUAAACUUCCAAUAAUUGGCCCUAAAAUUAAUGAAUUAUCGGAUAAUGGGUUUACCUCAAUUCAGGAAGGCACCACGACCAAGAAAAGAUACAAGAAGAUAAAAUCUGUUAAUACAAAAAGUUUUUGGAAAAUAUCAGAUGCUUCCAUCCAGGAGGUCAAUUUGAAUAGUGUAUUGAGUGAAACCAAAUAUGUAUAUAUGCUCUACUAUGAAAAAACAAAAUAG